UCCGGUUGCAGUCAUAUAAGCAGAAUGAGACAGUUCUGAAUUACUUGGGACCGGUCAGUUCGAUGAUGAUAUCUCCAGGCAGUUCGAUGAUCGAUAGAAAUGAGAGAAAAAAGCAUCAAGGCGUGAAAAGAGAAGAAUUCGGAAGAGGAGGCAAAAGACAAUGGAGGGAGCGGGGGGUGGGGGAGGGGACAAAAUAAGAAGAUUCCUAUGAAGACUGUUGAAAGAAAGAGCGGGGCGAAGAAUGAGGUGGAACAGAAAGCAGAACAGGAAAAGGGAAGACGAAGAGGCGAGGAAGAAAAAGACAGAGGAGCGGCGAUAAGGGAAAGCAGAACAGGAAAAGGGAAGACGAAGAGGCGAGGAAGAAAAAGACAGAGGAGCGGCGAUAAGGAAGUGAGGGUAACGAAAAUAAUGGAAUUAGAGCUAAGCCAGAGGAGAAGGAAGGCACUGAGUAAUCAUGAGAUGUUGGCAGGUCUUGGGAUUAAUCCACAGUUUUUCACUUUCACUCAUGUUACUAUGGAGUCGGAAAAAUUCAUCUGUGUAAGGGAGAAUGCGCCGCAGAACAGUGUUGUGAUUAUAGACACGGCAAUGCCAUUGCAGCCCCUCAGAAGACCAAUCACAGCAGAUUCUGCUCUCAUGAAUCCCACGAGCCGUGUCAUUGCUCUCAAAGUUCAAGUACAAGGGUCAAUGAUGGAUCACCUCCAGAUUUUCAACAUCGAAGCUAAAGCGAAAAUGAAGACAUAUCAAAUGUCUGAGCCAGUCCAGUUCUGGAAAUGGAUUUCAUCUACUACUUUAGGCCUGGUGACUGCUGGAAGUGUUUAUCACUGGUCUAUUGAAGGAAACUCGGAGCCAGUGCGAUGUUUCGAUAGGACCUCUAAGAUGGUCGGGGGUCAAACUCAGAUCAUCAAUUACAGAUGUGACCCAGCACAGAAAUGGUUGGUGCUGAUUGGCAUCUCAGCUGGAACCCCAGAGGGGCAAGUGCAGUGCCUGAGUCGACCUGUGAGACAUCGCGUCUCGUUCCUCGUGAGCGAUGAGCUACCCGUGGACAUGUUGUUAGGUGGAGGGACCGCCAGAUUACACGAGGACCGAAAAGUGGUCAAACACACUUUGCCAGGUGGAGGGACCGCCAGAUUACACAAGUUCAGAGCUAGUAGUCUGAUCGAGUCCCAUGGAUGCAUGUGUGCGGCCGCGUUCUAUGACUAUUACAAGCAAAAUCAGGAGGAGAGUAUGUACUUAGUUUAUGUCUCUGCUGCAGGCGAGCCGGUGAAAAUGCCGCCGAAGAUAGAGGGAGUAGUUGCCAAGUACCCUGAUCUAUUUGAAGAGCCGACAGGGGUUGUAGAGAGGGAGGUCGUCCACGCGAUAGAGAUUAUCCCAGGGUCUAGNGUAGUUGCCAAGUACCCUGAUCUAUUUGAAGAGCCGACAGGGGUUGUAGAGAGGGAGGUCGUCCACGCGAUAGAGAUUAUCCCAGGGUCUAGCAUUCCGAAGGGUAGGAUCUACCGGAUGUCUCCAGGCGAGCUCGAUGAGCUUCAUCGACAGCUCAAGGAACUCGUAGAGAAGGGUUGGAUCCGGCCGAGUGUCUCUCCUUAUGGGUCUCCAGUUCUAUUCGUACCUAAGAAGAAGGAGGGUACACUUAGGAUGUGCAUUGACUAUAGGGGCCUCAAUGCCAUCACUGUAAAGAACAGGGAGCCCCUACUGCGCAUCGAUGAUCUGUUGGAUAGAGUGCAAGGGUUUCGGUACUUCAGUAAAAUAGAUCUGAAGUCCGGGUACCAUCAGAUUGCAAUCCGGCCUGAGGAUCAGCACAAAAUCGCUUUUCAGACCAGGUACGGUCUGUACGAGUUUGUGGCGAUGCCUUUCGGCCUUUGCAAUGCUCAUGGCACCUUUCAGCACGCUAUGAAUCGGAGAUUCCAUGACUGCUUGGAUAAGUUUGUCGUCGUGUACCUCGAUGACAUACUUAUUUUUAGUAAUACUGUCGAGGAGCAUUUGCACAUUUGGACGUCCUCAGUCUCCUGCGACAUCACAAGUUCAAGAUCAACGGUGAGAAGUGCGAGUUUGGCCACACGUGUCUUGUACUUGGGUCAUGAGAUAUCCACGGAUGGGUUGAAGCCCGAUGACGCGAAGGUGGCCAGCAUUCGGGAUUGGCCACGUCCUCAGUCUUGGACAGAUGAGUGCGAGGCUGCGUUCAGACAUCUGAAGCAUGCGUUGACGCAGUACGAGGUCUUGAAACGUCCUGAUCCUGACAAGCCGUUUAUAGCCACCACGGAUUCCAACCAAUAUGGCAUUGGGGCCGUGCUCGCCCAGCAGGAGGGGCCAAAGUUGGCUACGGCCACCUAUGAGAAGGAACUCUAUGCUGAGUACAAGGCUCUGACCCAUUGGAGACACUAUCUCCUUGGGAGUUUCUUCAUCCUCGGGACUGAUCAUCAGACCCUGAGAUGGAUGAGAACUCAGCCGGUGAUCUCUGAUGCUCUCAAACGUUGGAUCGAAAUCUAUGAGCAAUAUGACUUUGACCCUCGGUAUGUGAAUGGGGAGUACAACAAGGUUGCGUAUGCCUUGUCGCCGAUUCUGGUGGCCGACGAUGAUGCGAGAUGCUCAUCUGUACGUGGAGACGUGUCAAGUUUGUCAGAGAGACGAGCCACGUAUACAUGCCCCUCUUGGGCUCUUGAAGCCACUUCGAUUUCGGAAAAGCCUGGUGAGAGAUUGUCCAUGGAUUCCAUGGAUACUCUGAUCACCAGCAAGAGUGGAAUGCGCUAUAUCUACGUCAUUGUGGAUAAAUUUAGUAAGUUUGCUAGACUAGCAGCGACGACGGCAACAGCUAAAACGGAGUAUGCCAUUAAGAUGUUCAGAGGGAAUUGGGUUAGAGAUUUAGGGUUGCCCAAGUCCAUAGUUAGUGAAAAGGAUGUCCGAUUUACCAGUGAGUUGUGGAAAGCCGCUGCUGCGGAACAGGGGACCCAGUUGCAAAUGACUUCUGGAAAUCACCCAGAGCCCAAUGGCGAAGCCGAGCAACUGAACCGCGCUGUUCAACACCUGUUGAGGCAUUACAUCAAGUCCAAUCAGGUGGACUGGGAUGAGAAGCUUGGUCUCAUCGCCAGCUUGUACAACAACGUUGUACACAGCGCCACUGGGGUUGGGGACAGAGUCUGGGUUAAGUCUUCAGAACUGGGACAGGAGCAUGGGAUUUCCCUCAAACUCAUGCCCCAGUACGUUGGACUCUGGGAAGUCUUGGACAUCGUGGGGACAGAUCCGGAUGGGCCAUCCUAUGUUAUCCGGAUCCCUGGUCAUCGACGAAUUUACCCUGUCUUUCACGCCUCCAAGCUUGCACCUUUAAAGGAAACAGAUGAGUUUCCUUCUCAUCGCUCAAUGCUGCCCCCAACCAUGGAUGGAGAAGUGGACAUCGAUGACAUUGUGGAUCACAGGGAGCUGCCAGCUCAGAGACCUGCAGGAAGGGGACGUCCUCCGAAACCGAAGCUGCAGUACCGCGUUCGGUCCAGGCAUCAUGCUGAUCCCAAGGAGGACCGUUGGUUCACGAGGGAAGAACUCAUGCAGACCGCUCAAGUUGUAGCCCAUUAUGAGAAAUCUCUGCAGAAGGGAAAGCGCCCCAUGAUUGAAGACUCAGUUUCUCAGAGGACUGUUGAAGCUAAGGAGGAGGGAAUGCGAGGCCACUGCCUCUAUGAGCCCCAUAAGGCCCCAUUUUGCAGCCCAUCGGCCGCCCUAAGCGAAGCGCCCUCAGUUGGUCAAGGGGAAUAUGCAGCUUUUCUCAGUGGAUCAGCAGAAAAGCCAGGAGCUGGAGGCGCAUGCGGCAGCAUUUGCAAGUAUAAAGGCAUGUGAGACCCUUUUUUAAACCACCAGUUCCUCCACCAGCUAUUUUAUUCCAACGGGGUUAAGGCCUGCGGGGGACGGGGGUUGCUGCACUGAACAACCGGUACGAUCUGUAAUAAGAAACAAAAGAAAAAAAAUAAAAAAAGCAAAAAAAGUAAAAUGGUAAAUGAGAACAAAUCCAAUGGGUAGAAAAUGGGCACGUGCGCGCGCGCGCGCGCGAGAGAGAGAGAGAGAGAGAGAGAGAGAGAGAGAAGAAAGUAAAAUCGUAAACGAUAACAAAACCAACGGGAAAAA